AUGAGCCUCACCCUCGCCACGGCGGGCGGGCUCAGGGUCCUCGCCCCGCCUCGGGCUCCGCGACCCGUCGAGAAAGCAAUUCAACAACGAGCGAAAAGCGCCCGGAAAAGCGCCCCGCCCCGCGGGGGCUCCGGGGCGGUCGACCUCUUGGACGCGGACGCGCGCGAACGAGGGAUGUGCGAGGCUCUCGGGUUGACCCUCGCGGGUUUCGCGGCUUCCGCAAUCAUCGCCGGCGCCGCGGCCGCUCACGACGUCGUCGACGUCGCGGAAGUCAGCGCAGGGCUGUACAAUUCCGGGAAGGACAUCGGCAUGGGAAUGUCGGGAAUGUCCGGCGACGGCGACGCGAAGGGAAUGAAGAUGUCACCCGCCUCGAAGCCAAGGGCGGGCGAACCCAAGGGCUCGCACGCCUCCCCCGCGUGGGAGGUCUGGGCCUACUCGCAGGCCGCGCCGCCCUACAUCGCCGACGGAGCCACCGUCGUCGGCGGCGACGGCGAGAUCAAGCGCGCGGGCACGAACGAGUGGACCUGCCUCGCGGGAAACGGCCGAACGCGACCGGCCGACGGCUGGCCCAGCGUGCACGUCGCGUCGCCCAUCUGCGCGGACCCCGAGGGCAUGAAGUGGAUCCAGGCCUACGUGUCCGGCAAGACGCCCAAGCUCGAGCGCGAUACGAUCAUCUACAUGCAGGCCGGCGACGAGGGCUACGACAACACCGACCCGACCGUCGUCGAGAAGAAGGACGCCAAGCCCGGUCAGUGGAUCGAGUCCGGCGGCCACGUCAUGCUGAUGCCGAAAGAUCCCAAAGCCAUCGCCAAGUUCACCGACGACUUCAACUCCGGCAGCCCGUACAUCAUGUUCGGCGGUACGCCUUACGCGCACGUCAUGAUCCCCACCGACGGCGCGUACUACCAGUACCAGAAGGGUAGGUGAAGGGGAUGCGCCGCACGCCUGCCUGUAUUGC